AUGACUGAUCAAGAAGUUACGGGCUUCGAUGAUGGUGAGGUGUUGCAACGUGUGCACAAUGUUGAUCAAAUGGUGCGGGAUGUUGAGUUUCAAGGAGUGUACACAACUUCUGAAUUAGCGAGGCUGAAGCAGUUCAUUGAAGAUUCAAAGAAACCCCUCUAUCCUGGUUGCCAGAAGUACUCUCGCCUUUCUGGUGAUCUAAAACUUCUGCAGCUUAAGGCAGAUCAUGGUUGGAGCAACAAAAGUUUCAAACAACUAUUGGAUCUGCUUAGAGACAUGCUACCUGAGGGAAACCAAGUAGCCGAGUCUGUCUAUGAGGCAAAGAAGAUAAUCUGUCCUCUGGGAAUAGAGGUUGAAAAAAUUCAUGCAUGCAAGAACAGUUGUGUAUUGUUCCAUGGAGACUAUGCAGACCUUGACAAGUGCCCCAAGUGUGGGUGUGAUCGGUACAAGAGGAAAAAAGAUGGUGGAGACGAUAAUGCUGAUGACGGGAACGUGCCCGUGGAGAUCGGAGGCAAGAAGAAGGUUAACAGAGGGGGUCCUGUGAGGGUGGCAUGGUAUUUUCCCAUCAUUCCCCGGUUGAAAAGAUGGUUCGCCACAAGAAAGGAGGCCCAACUCUUGCGUUGGCAUAAGGAAGGCCGAAAGAAGGAAAAUGACAAGCUUAGGCACCCCGCAGAUGCAGCACAAUGGGGUAACAUUGAUUCCCACUUUAAGUGGUUUGCUGAUGAUUGCAGAAACCUUCGGUUCGCUAUGAGCACAGAUGGCGUUAACCCUUUCGGUAACCAGAGUUCAACACAUAGCACCUGGCCUGUCGUGCUGUCAAUGUGCAACCUUCCACCCUGGCUAUGCAAGAAACGGAAAUACAUGAUGCUGACAAUAUUGGUCUCUGGGCCAAAGCAACCUGGCGACCGUAUUGAUGUCUACUUGAGGCCACUAGUUGAUGACUUGAAGACACUUUGGAAGCCUGGUGUGAAGGAGGUUUGGGAUGAGUUCGGGCGUGAGGAGUUCACAUUGCACGCCAUGUUGUUCACCACCAUCAACGACAACCCGGCUCAUCGCAACCUCUCCGGCCAGAGUAAAAGGAAAGGUGCAGCUUGCCCGCACUGCUUGGAAGAAACUUGCUCAUUGUGGCUAAGAAAUUCAAAGAAAUUCGCAUUUAUGGGGCACCGUCGUUUCCUCAGCAAGAAACAUCCCUACCGGGAGAUGGAUUGUCAGUUUAAUGGGGAAAAGGAGCAUCGAGCGGCGCCUCUGCAUGUGACUGGAGAUCUGAUCCUCUUGCAAGUCAAGGACAUCAAAACUAUCGAGGAGUUACCCAAAAUGACUGAAAAAAUCCUUGUCAAAAGAAAGAAACGAGAUGGUGAAGAAGAAGAAGAUGGGAAAGGAAUUUGGAACAAGAAAUCAAUUCUAUGGGAGCUAGAGUAUUGGGAGCUGUUGGAUGUGCGUCAUUCGAUUGACAACAUGCACGUCAAGAAGAAUGUGUGUGAAAGCAUUUGUGGAACAUUGCUACAACAGAAGUUGAAAGGAAAAGAUCAUAAAAAUGCAAGGGAGGAUCUUAAAGAUAUGGGCAUUAGGCCGGAGCUCUAUGCAGAGGAAACAGACACGGGGACGGACCUUCCCGUCGCUGCAACCACCUUGUCAAAGACAGAGAGAAAAGAAUUCUGUGAGUUUUUGCAUGGUUUGAAAGUACCUUCAGGCUACUCAUCGAACUUCAAGAGGCUAGUGUCGGUGAAGGACAUGAAAAUGAAUUUCAACUUGAUGAAAUCUCAUGAUUGCCAUGUGUUGAUGACAGCUCUUCUUCCUGUUGCACUUAGAGGUAUCAAGACAGUACAGGUUCGCGACACGGUCACGAGCUUGUGUUUAUUCUUCAAUGCAAUAGAACAGAAGGUGAUUGAUGAGGAAGAACUAUUGAAGUUAGAGAGGAGGCAUUUCGAGACCCUAUGCAUGCUUGAAGCUACCUUCCCACCAACAUUCUUUGAUCUCAUGAUCCAUCUAACAGCACACCUCGCGAGGGAGAUUUGGUUCCUUGGCCCAUCUUACCUUCAUCAGAUGUUUCCAUAUGAGAGGUACUUUGGAUUCCUCAAAUCAUUGGUACAUAACCGGUCAUUUCCGGAGGGAGCCAUGGUUCGUGGCUAUGGGACCAUCGAAGCAGUGGAGUGGGCCAUGGGUUAUAUGGACCCCCAAAACCCCAUUGGUGUGCCUCAUUCACGGCAUGAAGGUAGGCUUGCAGGUGUUGGGACCAUGGGGAAAAAGUCAAUCACUCCGGAUCCAGAUGCCUUCAACAUGGCUCAUUUCACCGUGAUACAACAGAUUGACCUGAUUACACCAUUUGCCAACGAGCACAUGCAACAACUACGUGAAGAAAACCCUGCCCGUAGUGAGGCUUGGGUUGCAAAGAAGCACAUGCAAUGCUUCAGCUGGUGGCUCCGAGAUUAUGUCCAGAGAUGCAGCGCAGCUGUAACCGACAAUCUGAUAACGAAACUAGCAGUGGGGCCAUUAUUCACUGUUACAACAUACCAAGCAAUGGAUAUCAAUGGAUACACGUUCUACACCAUGGCCCAGGAUGCCAAGAGCGUCUAUCAAAACAGUGGUGUGCGUGUACGGGCCGUCGACAAUGACAUGCAGGCAGCCACAUACUAUGGUCAAAUAGAGGAGAUAUGGGAGCUUGAUUAUGUAGGUUUCAAGGUAGCCUUGUUUCGGUGCAGAUGGGUCAAUGGGAAGAGAGGUGUGAGCAAGGAUAAAUAUGGGUUUGUUAGUGUUGAUCUGCGGGUCUUUGGUUACAAAGACGAACCGUUUGUUUUCGCCAAGGAUGUUGAGCAAGUGUUCUAUGUACCUGACCUUGCAAGGAAGAACUGGUGUGUGGUUAUGCCUGGAAAAAAAAGGAUUGUUGGGAUUGCCAAUGUUGUUGAGGAGGAGGAAUACAACCAGUUUGAUGAAAUUCCAUCCUUUGACACUUCAUACAUGCCCCGACUCGUGGCAACUGACAAAACACCGUACUUGCGAACCGACCAUCAUGAAAAAAUCCAUAUCCAGAAAUCAAAGAAAAAGCCAUCAGAGUGA